AUCCCCGGAGAAACGUCCAGGCGGCGCUGAUGAUUUCGAUCUCAGCACGCUACGCUUGGACACCCACUUUUUUUUCCACGGAAAGAGACAAGUCUACGACCCCAUCCCAUCCCCAACCUCCCCUUCGCUCUUCCCUCGGUCUCCCUCGUAACGUCCAACCGCCCAAACGAAAGGCUUUCAUCGAUCCCAUCGUUGCCCAUCUCCACCAAAUCCCCAUCGUCGUCAUCGCCAAUCCGCAAGCCCACACCCGAUCCCGUUCCCUUCCUCCACCUGUUAAUCUAUCUCCCAUCCCUCCCCAAUUCCCCCCGCGAGAGAGAGAGAUAGAGAGGAGAAGGCAAUCGAGAUGGGCAACGCCUCGUCGAUGCUGACCCAAUACGACAUAGAAGAAGUCCAGGAGCACUGCAACUAUCUCAUCUCGCAGCAAGAGAUAGUUUCCCUGUACCAGAGAUUCUGCCAGCUGGACCGCAACGCCAAGGGAUUCAUCUCCGCCGAUGAGUUUCUCUCCAUCCCCGAAUUUGCCCUCAACCCCCUCUCUCAGUUGCUAAAGAUGGUCGAUGGAUUGAACUUUAAGGACUUUGUGGCAUUUCUUUCAACAUUCAGCUCGAAAGCCAGCCUCGAGCAGAAGAUAGAAUUAUUAUUUAAGGUGUAUGACAUUGAUAGUAAGGGGAAAGUGACUUUCAAAGACUUGUUGGAGGUUCUUCGCGAUUUGACAGGAUCUUUCAUGUCUGAGGAGCAGAGAGAGAAAGUCCUGAGCCAGGUAUUGGAGGAGGCUGGUUACUCAAGAAAUUGUUCACUUUUAUUGGAAGAUUUUGUUAAGUUACAUUCGGAAACAACCAAAUCUAUAAAAAUAAAAUCAAUAUACCAAGGUUCAAGUGCUGGGCUAAUUCCUGCACAGGCACAACCUGGCAAAUGUGCCGGCAAAGCACAAAUACAUUCAGGCUACUCUCUACGUCCCUCCCUUAAGUUAAAAAAAGGAAAAGAAAAACAACAAAACAAAAAAAGCAGAAGAACAAGAACAAGAUAAGUAGAAUGGCAACAGAGACUUCGCACAAGCACACAAAAGGACAACUAUCAGUCUCUUCUCCUGAUACUAUUGAUUUCACAAGAUUUUUCAUUUGCAUCAUUCAAGGAAUGAUAAAGAUGUUCUCUGGUGCUUUUAAGGUAUGGUAUCCUCUUGCUCACGCUGCAUGUCUUA